AUAAAUCAUACAAUAAAGUGAAGAAGAUCCAUCUUUAUAAACCCACCAAGUCUUGGAUUUUUCCUUCAAAUUCAGAACAAGAAAACAGAAUCAAGGAGAUUUAUCUGCUUACAGAAAUGGCUUUGGCUCGUUUGGCUUUGAGAAACCUUCAACAAAAGUUGUCUUCUACCUUCAUGUGUCCAAGUGGUUAAAAAUGUUUGGUCGGGAACCGACAUAGCCAGAGUAAGCUUAACAGAUUCAUGGCUAGUUCGAGUGGCGAACAAGAGGAAAAGAAGAGUACAGAAGUUAGUGUGUCUGAGAAGAAGUCCCCUAGACGGAUUUUCCCCAGGAGACGUGGUCGGAAAAGUUUAUGGCGUAACACUGACGAUCAUGACUAUUUUGCUCCCGCACUAAAUGGGAUCUUUCCUCCGAGUCUAGGAAAUGCUCUAAUGCAAGCAACGGAGAACAUAAACAGGAUAUUCGACAGUUUCGACAUUAGACCAUCUCAACUAAUGGGUCAAGUGAAGCAGCAAGACGACUGUUACAAGCUGAGGUACGAGGUUCCAGGGCUAACCAAAGAUGACGUGAAGAUCACGGUAGAUAAUGGAAUCCUAAUGAUUAAAGGAGAACACAAGGCGGAGGAAGAAGAAGGAUCACCUGAAGAAGACGAGCACUGGUCUUCAAGGAGUUAUGGUUACUACAACACGAGCUUGUCUCUGCCUGAUGAUGCUAAGGUUGAGGAAAUCAAGGCGGAACUCAAGAACGGUGUGCUUAAUGUUGUGAUUCCUAGGAUGGAGAAGCCAAAGAAGGAUGUUCAGGAGAUUUCUGUUGAGUAGAGUGACAUAGUGUGGUCUAUGUGAUUUUGCUGUUUCGAUGGAAUAAGGAAUAAAUGUUGUAUCCCUAUAUGUGUUUGUUGUGUGUGAUUAUAAUAAACUAUUUCUGAUUUGGUAGACGAAGUUUUCAAAAGAUAAUGUAAUCUAUCUCCCAAGUG